AUUAGAACGAAAAAUUACUUGACGUUUUGUGGUUUAUUUGUUUCAGGGGGCCUACCGCAAAAACCGAAAUUCGCAAAUUGCGGGGAUCUUUUUCUUUUACUCUCACUAACACGUAAAUAGAGUGACAGAGAAAAAUGCCCGCAAUUAACGAAUUUAGAUUUUCGUGGUUAUAGCCCAGCUACUGCUGCUAAUCUAUAUUAUACAUUUGUUUCGUUUACGAUCGAUACAUAAACAAAAUAUAGGAUUUUUUAAUAUUCUAGACGUUGGAAUUAUUUAAAAUGACUUCAGCGUCAUCUAGCAGCGCUCGCUCGUUGUUCGCCGAAUCGAAACAACGGCUUGCAGAGCGAGUACAAGUAAACAUGAACAAUAUCUCUUCGCUAACACGGCAAAUUCAGCGAGGCUCAAGAUCUAACGAGCUCUUGACUAAAGCUGCUCGUGAGUUCGUAGCGUCCGAGAACCUUAUGGAGGGCGCCGAAGAGAACCUUAAGAAGAUGAACCUGAUUGGAGUCCACAUGGGGUACCAGUUUGAGAAUAUUCUCAAGUCAGCACAAGUCUUAGCCGAGAUUAAUGAGCAGGUGGCAGCCAUGCACAGAUGACCUGCGAGUUUUGCUUAGAUUAUUAUGUAUUGUGCUCGCUGGGCUAAAAUUCCUUGGUCUCUCAAUUGUAUAAGUUUUGCCCAAAAUGUAUUUUAGACAAGACUUGUGUUCUUGUAGCUACCUAGUAUUAAUAUAAUACAUUACAUAGUAAGGUUAAAUGAUGAAUAUAUAUACAUAUUAUUGGAUGUAUAUUGUAUGCAUAUUGUAUUGUAUUCUUUGUAUGAUGCUAACAGUUUACAGUAGAAAGCUAAAAAAUAAAUGUACAUACACCAAAAAAAAUUAAUAUUUUGGUAUUUUGGCACUUUAUACAUGUCAUGUAAUAACUUUCAUACAAAAAGGCAGCAACUAUAGCACCUUAUAGCAGUUUAUAGCAUCAAUACCAUGUUGGUUUGUAAAUGUAUUUAAUUAUCUUUUAAAUAGUAAAGUACUUAUCAAAAACUACCUAUAACUGUAGGCUGUACCUUAUAUGUUAUUCUUAGGCAGUUAUCAUACCAUCAUGGCAUCUAUAAAACUGCAACAGAAUGAUAACUACCCUAGGAAGAAUGUUCUGCAAAUUUAACCAUAUCUUUAACCAAAUUGUUUCUUCCUAUUAGCCGGGUCCACACAGAGCGAGCAUAUGCGCGAGGCAAUUUCCUCACGCACAAACCGGCCAGUGUAGACGUGCCUCGGUCUAGGGAGCGAGCUCGGGUGAGGAAAACGCAUGCUAAAAGAUAUGGUUAAAUUUGUAAAUUGUUUAGUAUAUUUUGAUUGUUAUAUAAAUUGUAUAUGGUUGUUAGCUGAAAUAAAAUUUGGUCAUGACAUUAAA